AUGGCGUCAGUUUCGAAGGUGUCUAUUCUGGAUUACUUUAAUAUUGUGUUUGAAGGUGAAAAUGGCAAAAUCGAGUCCAACUGCAAGGCUUGUGGUACGAGGAUCCAGGCAAAGCGGAGUGUCACGUCCAACUUCGUAACGCAUCUCAAGCGGAAGCACCAGGCUAUGUAUGAUGACUUUGUGAAAAGGAAGGAUAUGAAGAGAGAGGGUUACUCCUCUGGUUCCCUGCACGGUUUCACCACAAAUGGAGGGAAUACUCGCUACACUCUCCCCAUCAAUGCUCGAGUUGGAGGAGGAGGAGGAGGAGGAGGUGCUGGAGGAGCUGGAGGAUUGGGAACUCUUGAGGGAGGAGGCUCGGGUGGAGGGUUGACCAGGUUUGACAGACAUGACCCACGUCAGGUUCUGAUCUCUGAGGCUAUAGCUAAAAUGAUUGUGCGUGAUCUGCAGCCGGUAUCCAUAGUGGAAAAUCAAGGCUUCAGAGAGCUGCUUCAGCUCCUGGAGCCACGGUACACUCCUGAGCCACAGCACUAUAUCCAGAGCCAGCUCCUCCCAGCCUACGUCUACCAGGCUCAGCUAGCAACGCGACAGGCCCUGGCCUCAGCGCACGCCCUCAGUCUCAGCCUAGAUCUCUGGAGAGGCUUAACUGGAGCCACUUCAGGGUACGUCGGUGUCACCUGUCAUUUUCUCACGUCUGAUUGGCAGAUGCGCUCAGCUCUCCUGGCGUGCCUCCCCCUGACUGGAGGCAGCUCUGGGAAUCGUGUGCUCUCAGAUUUUGAUGAUGUAUGUCACUCUCAUGGCGUGUCAGGGAGAGCAUUUCGGGUGGUUGCGGACCAUUUUCUAGCAGCAACAACAACCGCAAAGCCAUGUUGUCUUCCUGGUUUCCUGGUUGAACCUUCUCUCGCUUACAGCCAAGACGAAGAUGAUGUGGAAGAGGUGGACAAUGGUAACAAUGUGGAGGAAGGGACCAGGAACGGCCACGGUGAUGGAGGAGAGGAAGGAGAGUGGGAGGACUUGUGGGAGCAGGGUGUGGGUGUUUGUCGAGUGGACUGUUUCUCUCGCUCUCUUGAACAGUGUGUCAGAGAGGGGUUACGCUCCUGUCCACAGGUCACUUCCACACUGGCCAAGGCUGCCUGUUUCUACAACUACAUAACCUCUGCUGUCCCACCUGAGAAACUUAGCCAGGUGUUUGAUGGUCCCGGGUUGAGCACGGGGGCACCAGGAAAUACCCCUCCUGUAGCAAGAGUCUGGGCUACUCAGCUUAAGGUGCUUCGGCGGCUGCUUGACUCAGUGGAGUUCUUGGAGGAGUUGAGUGGUCCGGGGGAGGUGGCGCUGGGUGGUUCAGAGAGAGCCCUGCUCAGGGAGCUCACUGACACUUUGGAGCCCUUCACUGAGGCCUGGGACAUGGUGCAAGGGGACAGACAGGCAGACAUACAGACAGACAGACAUGUGUCCAUCAGCCUGGCUCUGCCUUGUGUUCUCGGCCUUCGUAAGCAUCUCUCUGAGACCUCAACCCCCCACUGCCCCUCUCUCCUGGUGGGCCUCAGCCAGGCUGUAGAGCGUCGGCUGGCGCCUGUCCUGGAGGACCCUCUAUACAUCACAGCCACCACCCUGGACCCCCAGUUCAAGCUCACUUGGAGCAGCAACCCUGACUGGCACAGACAAGUUCUCAUAGAGGAGUUGUCCAAACAUUCCACAGCCUCCAGCCCCAUAGACCCCAACACAGACCUACAUCAUCAAUCCCAGACCCCUCCUGCCCCAGCUCCAUCGCCGGUCUCCUCGCUUUCCCGGCCCUGCAAGCUGUUCUCUUUCAUCAAGCAGAGACCCACAACACAGGCCAAGAGCCUAGAGCAGGAGUUGUCCGUCUACCUACGAGAGGAACCCACAGACGAGGAGGCUUUGCAUUACUGGCGGCGUAAAGCAAUUGACUUUCCUCUGCUUGCUCAGGUGGCCAAGAGGGCGUUUACCAUACCUGCUUGUGGCACUGUAGUCGAGAGCAUUUUUACUGCUGCAUGGCGCUGUCUGCGACCAGAGAGAGGCCGCGUCCUGCCAAAAAACCUGGAGACGCUCAUCUACCUCAAAGCGAACUAUAGAUUAUUAUGGACUUAAAGCUAGGAGUCAAGCAUUUAUUUGACCUAAAUAGCAACUAAGGCUUUAUACCUGCAGAAAGGUUACUUCUUGGAUACUAACCUAUUUUCUUCUCUUAGGAACUGGGCUAGAAACAUAACAUAGUACUCAUACUACACAUCAUUAGAUGUAAGAUGGAAUGAAUUACCCAGAAUUUCUCAGUUCCCCUUCUUAAGAAGGGGUUUCCAGACUGCAGUAGGUGUGGAUUGCUGUCUGUUUACCAUGUAGCCUGUAUACAGAGUAUCAUAACACAUGCUGUGCACAGAGGGGACUAAAGGCAGAUCAAUACUAAAGCAUUUACUUUGACAUUAUUUUACCUGGUCUUCAGAUAACUGCAAGACCACAAAGCCCCAACUCUCAAAUUCAAACAGAGCUUAUGUCUGUGUACUGAUAUGCCAACAAUAACCAAAUGGUCAAUUAUUGCAUACUGUAGCAUCUGAUUUAUUCUCACUGAUAUAUAAUAACCCUAGAGGUUGUGACCAAUUUAUUUGAUGUUGUUUUUGAGGAAGGCAUCAGCUGCUAAACCAUAUAUCAGUGCAUCAUCCACUUAUUCUUUUCUAUUUCUGUAUGUAUGCCUUAUCACUGGGACAUCGUAAUAAACAAGUUUC